AAAGUUGAGGGUGAAGUAACCAUGGCAGCGCUUCAUGCAAAUGAUCGCAAUACGUGUCUGGGAUGGCAGAUAAAAGAGGAACCGAAAUGAGAAGCAAACUAUCUGGGGGAACCAAAUCGUGUCAGAUUGGGAGAGCGCCGGCGUGUAAAGAUGCCACGGACAUCUGCGUGACAUAAAGCCCCCCCAGCACCACCUGCCGCCCCGAUCAUUCACCUCCAACUCGGACCUUUCUGGGUAAAUACGGAGUUAGAAGAUUGGGAAAAUGAAUAUCAGCAAUCUCGGUGAAGAAGGACUGAACAAGCUGUCAAAGAUGCUGGACAACUGCGGUUGUGGAUGGAGGCAGUUGGCCAGCGCGGCGGCGGAGUACCCGCAAUUCCGCUGCAGUGAAAAGGAGCUGACCAGCUGCUCCCUUCAGGUGCUGAAAGCUGCAGGCAGUCCUGCGCGCAUUCUUCUGGCUUGGUUAGCUGACCGUGGCUGCUCCGUGGACUUCCUCCUGCACUGCCUGAGGAAGAUGGACCACCAGGAAGCUCUGCAGUUCCUCACCACCACAGUGUCAGAGCAGAUUAGGAUCACUGUGCAGCCGCAGUCUCAGCAGGCCUCUCUGGGGAGUCGGGUGGUGCUGACAUGCAUGGCCUCUGGACCUCCUGAACUCAGCUACCAGUGGUUCAAAGGCAAAGAGGAGAUUUUACAUGAGACAGGAAAUACGCCUGAGUUGGUUCUGUGUCCUUUGGGCCCAGCCCACCAGGGUCACUACAUCUGCAGGAUCAACCACGGAGAAAAAUGCAUCUUCUCCACGUGGGCUCAUGUACGACUGCUUCACUCUGCAGGUUCCAGUCCAGCUUGCAGUACUCUGUUCCCGGGCUCAGUGAGUGGACUGCAAAUCAGCCAGCAGCCCCAGUCCCAAGCGGCAUCUGAAGGGGACGUUUUGGUGCUGAAGUGCAAAGCAGAGGCUAACCCCCCUCCUCAGUAUGAGUGGUAUCACAACAAAAUGCCCAUACCACAGCAAAAAGCAUCCUCCCUCAGGAUCCCAUGUGUGACCACAGAGCACAGAGGGGAGUACAGGUGCAAGGCGUUUAAUUUGUACCACGAGGUGUGGAGCGACACAGCAACCGUGACCAUUGGCCUGAGUUCAGUCACAGAUGCAUCCUGGGUAGAAGCUAAUCGCGGGUUAGACUCACAAGAAGGCAAGAGGCCGACACCCGGAUCAGGACUAAAUCCAGUGCAGCAGAUGGCCUGUCCUCCCUCAGCAGCAGCCAAGAAUUUCUAUGCUACAGACAAAGUCGCUCUGCUGAUCGGCAACAUGAACUACCUCCACCACUAUCAGCUGAGUGCUCCCAUUUCUGACGUCCACGAGCUGACCAACCUUCUCAGACAGAUGGACUUCAAAGUGGUCUCCCUGCUCGACCUCGACCGGCAGGAGAUGAACAGUGCUGUUACCGAGUUCCUGUUGCUGCUCGACAAGGGAGUCUACGGGCUGCUGUAUUUUGCCGGUCAUGGCUAUGAGAACUAUGGCAACAGUUUCAUGGUUCCCAUCGAUGCCCCAGCUUCCUACACAUCAGAGCACUGCUUGUGUGUGCAGAGCAUACUGACCAGGAUGCAGGAGAAAAAGACUGGACUCAAUGUGUUCCUGCUGGACAUGUGUCGCAAAAGAAACCUAAACGAUGAAUUGAUCGUACAGCCAGGAACCCUCAAAGUCACAGCCAAUAUAGUUUUUGGUUAUGCCACAUGUGUUGAUGCUGAAGCUUAUGAGGUGAAGAGAGAAGACGUGUCGAACGGGAUCUUCAUAAGCUUUCUCAAGCAGCGCGUGUGUGAGGAUGUGAAGGUCACCGUCAUGCUGGACCGAGUCGCUGAAGACAUGGGUCGCUGCGCGAUUACAAAAGGGAGGCAGGCUCUGGAGCUGCGCAGCAACCUGUGUGAACGACGUUCCCUCACAGACCGGAUCCAGCCAUCCGACAGUUCGGCAUCCGACUCAGCCCGGAAUCUGCAGUGGGCCGUCGCUCAUGUCCUGCCUGAGAGUCGCUGCCUCAACUUUGACUGCGGGGUGAAGGUCCAGCUGGGUUUUGCCGCAGAGUUCUCCAACAUCAUGGUCAUCUACACUCGGAUACUUGAGAAACCUGCAGAAAUAGAUUCCUGCUGUGCUCAGCUCACAGACUUCCCACAGGAAGUGGACGUUGACCUGAAGAGGAGUAACCAGGAGACUCUGUUUGAAGCCGGCUGUUUACUGCUGAUUAAGGAGGAACUUCCUUCACCGGAGGCCCAAAGUCUUUACACGCGCAUCCGCAGUCUGCAGAGACUCAGGACGGACCUCACCUUUACCGUCUGCCUUCAUUACACGUAUUCCAACAUGGACGAAGAGGUACAAGAGCGGCUGCCAGUGACAGUGGGCAGACCCCUGGUCUCCAAACUGAAUCUCCACGAACCUCGAGCGUCUCGUAGCUCCUCAGCCUACCUGUGUCCCAGCCUCGAUUCCGUCAACUACCCGGAGAGCUCCUCCUUUGCCUCCGUCGAUUCUGCCUCAAACACAUGGCUGUACUGUGAACAAAGCAGCAGCAGCAGAGUUUCCCACGCCGACUCUGUGACUUCAUCCAGGAGUGCCAACGUACCAGAGGAGACGGACAGUCCGGGAAUAUUUGAUUCACCUCAACCUCUCACUACCAGCAAAAGCUUGCCCCACAGUCAAGUCAAUGACAUUACCUACAAAUUUAGUGACAUGUACAACUUCCAUUCUUUCUGAGUAUCGUACUCUAUGGAUUAUUUCCAGGUUUUCCUAUGCAUAUAAAAAAUUCAGACUAUUUUAGGCUGACCUUGUUUUGUUUUUUUUAAGUAUAAACAAUAACUUAAAAUGCAUGAUAGAGACUAAGUUAAAAAUAUGUUGUCUUAAUCACUGUAUGGUUUAAAUCACAAGUGUUCUCAAUUACAAAAUAUUUAUGCUGCGCUGUAACAUUUAAAGGUUGAUUGAAAAGAAAUCAGUGAAUGCUUUAGGGCUGAGCUUACUGCUGACUGCAUACAGUGUACACAAUGCAUAAAAAUUACUUUGAUCAUAUUGCACAUUGUUAAACUCAGAUAGGUUUAGCAAAGCAUUUUAUAAUGUGAACUAAAACUAAGAACAUGCCUGUGUUUUGUAUAUGAUAUAUUUGAAAAGCAAUAUAUAAAAAAUAUAUAAAAUGUA